CGAGAUUGGUAAAAAAAGAUAGGUGCUGGCAGGCAUGGCUGCUUGCUUCUAAUACCACUCGUCCUGUUCUUGAAAUUUCAUAGUGUGCUUUCCACCAAAGAAUCAUUGGAGUUGCAGCUGCACGUGCGUGUCCUCACAUUGCCCACCGGAGACCAGUGAGAAGUGGCCUCGGUGCUUUGCCGCGUGUACACUGCGGUUCCUCUACGUAAGAUGAGAUCGCUGUUGCGAAAUACAAACACAAGUAUGACCCAUCUGCUAUCCCACGUACAAUCUUGGUAACAUUAGUAAACUAGAAUGCACUCGUCAUUCAUCAAAACUAAGGGUGGCGACCCGUUGUGUCCCCUCGGAUUCCACCCGCAAGUACGCUGGCCUACUCGCUGCAAACGGUGCUUCAGAGACUACAAGGAGCAUGGCGGAAAUAAAAAAGACGACUCAUCCUUGCUGUCCUCCCUCCGCCGCGAUACUGUAACGGCUUCCACACCAGCCAUAUCGUCAUGGGCCUCGCAACCCUUUAACCGGUCUCGCGAGAGCGGGAGCAGCACUGGACUUGGUACUUCAGGCUAUGAUAGUGUCCGAAGUCCAGCGACCAGCGCCUCAUCGACUGACCUGAGCAAAAGCGAUAACACCGCAGAUGUGUCUGUGACCCUGCCUAGGAAGACUGCUGCAUCAUGGACCAGCACGCCUGAUCUCAAGAGCUUAGAUGAAGACACUACAUCUGUUACGAUCAAGAUGCCACCAAGAGUUCGAAUUAGAGCAGCAGCUCCAGAGGCCCUAAAAGAAGAGGCAAAAUCAACUGAAAAAGAAACCGACUACAGAUCCGCGCAGUACACAUUUAGACGCCGCACUCUUGAUUUAACUAAGGCAGAUGACAAGAAGUCGGACUUAACUACUGACACCUUAGCGGGAGCUGAAAGACCUCGUUUGAGACGCACUUUGACACAGCCCAUCCAAGAAGAGCUUCCUCCAACCAACUUGUCAGGUGCAAGGAAGCGCACCCCUGCUCUAGAUCAUGCAGAGGAAACAUCAUCUAAAAAUAAAGCAGAUUUGGACUUGGUGACGAAAGUGAAAUCAUCAAGUGGAGCUUCAUCCACUUCUGCAAACAAGACUGACCUGUCAAUUCUUUCGGUACUUGGUGCAAAAGAACGUGAAAAUAAUAUUAGCAGCAGCAGCAGUAGUGAUGAUGAGUCGGAUGAUGCAAGCAGCAUUGCCUGUACAGACACCACAGAUACAACCGUUGUUGACCAGAGCAAUGAUGACGAGAUAGCCCAGGAAUUGAAAAGAGAAUUGGACACCUGGAAGGUGCGAUGUGAGAAGGCAGAAAGAGAAAAAAGUGACAUUUUACUUAGACGGUUGGGUGGAACUAGAGAGACAGCUCCGUCCAGUGCAGAAGCUUUAAAACUACAGCAACGUGUCAAUGAAUUGCAACAAUUGACGGAGGACCUAAGAGAUGAACGCAAAAGUUUGUCUCUUAGGGUGAAAGAGCUAGAAAAUGAAAAUGAGGCAGCCACAGCCAGAGAGCCAGAAAUGCGCCGGACAAUAGAAGAUCUCCGCAAUAAACUCUCAGCUGCUGAAACUUUGUGUGAAGAGCUAAUGGACGAAAAUGAAGAAAUAAAAAAAGAGAUACGUGACCUUGAAGAGGAAAUUGAUGAGAUGCAGGACAACUUCAGAGAAGAGCAAGCUGACGAGUAUACAUCUCUAAAGAAAGAACUUGAGCAGACUGCAAAGAACUGCCGAAUACUACAGUUUAAAUUACGCAAAGCUGAGCGAAAGGCAGAGGCCCUAGAAGCUGCUAAAUCAGAGGUCGAAAAACAACUUGGUGACAAGGGAGGAAACUUACAGUCUAUAGAAAAGAUUCAACAGCUGGAGAAAGAUCUUAAGCUACAAUCAGAAGUUUCGGAGAGGCUGCACAAGGAGACAGAAAACUUGAAGACACAACUGGCUAGGGAAAAGGCAAAGUCUUUAGACUCUAGAAAAACAACACCUAUUGCAGAAUCGUUAAAAAAGAAAGUACCGGUGUUGGGAAAAUCAGCCUCAGGAGAAGCAAUUACAAGAGCUUCUUUAACAAGAGGCGGCUCACAAGAUGAUCCAGUGCAGCUUCUUAGAGAUCUGCAAGAUGCCAUGGAAAGGGAAGCUGACUUGCGUGAGCAGCUCAGAUUUUCAGAGGAAGAGGUGUGGGCAAAAUUCCUACAUGACUUGUUUAAUGAUCUCGAGCAACAUGAUCAACAUGGCCAAACUGCUAAAGAAAUUUCUGAAACGCUCAGGCAAGAUGGAGAUGGGAUUGAAUCUGGCUCAGAAAAUCUGCUUGAGAAUGCAGAAGUAGAAAAUGGAGCUAACAAACAAGACAUAAUUAAAACACUUCGAAAAUUUGUUUUUGUCGAGAAUUGUCCCCAGUUAACUGAUUUUCACCUGGACAAUGACUGGUGUUUGGACGAACUUUUUAAAGAAAAAAAUUGUAACGGAAAUUCAGAUAUGUGUGAGGAAACCAAAAAAAGCAAAGAGGAAUCAGUUAACAACAAGGAACUGCCGUUUAAAUUUUCCUGCAACAAUCCUAUAAUUAAUGUAGAAGAACAUGACAUUGACAAACCUAUGGGACUGUUCUUUGAAAUCAAAGACGACCCUGGCGAGAAAACUAUUGCUCUGACAACUCAGCCUGUGGUACACUCCAGCUCCACGUCAUCUGUCGGUUCAGUGCUUUCCUGGGUGGCCCAAAGCAUUAUUGGCAGCAUCCUGCCAGGUCCUCGCCCUACCCCAAGCCUUGCAGUUAUGCGGCCAGGGACUCCUGUAGGAGCUCCAAAUAGUUGUGAUAUCACCCUGCCGCCUUUACUGCAAGGGCGGUCAAGUCCAAGCCCUGGCAGACUUUCCACUCCAGAGCCCAGCCUUCCUGAAAAGGAUGAGGGAAUAUCUGAAGAUGAUGAUCCAGCUGAAUUGCGAUUGCAACUUGAGCUGAAUGAGCAGGAGGCGGCAAUUUUGAGAAGAAAAGUGGAGGAUUUGGAGAGAGCCAGUGAGACCAACCAAAACCAGAUUAAAGAGCUGCAGGAAAAACUUAGCGCAAAAUUGCCAUUAACUGCAACGUCAAAAGGAGUUCGAAGUGAUUUAAGGCCAGCUUCCAGCUCAGCAGCAGUGUUGGAAAAGAAGAUAUUGGUUUUAGAAGAAGAGUCUUCUGAGCUAAGAAAAAAACUUAUUGAAAAGGAGCGAGACUAUGAGCGCCUACAUGCAGAGCUUACUCUGGCUCACAAAAGGAGCAAAACAAGUGCAAGAAGUAGAUCUCUUGACAGCAGUGAGCAGGCUCUUGAUCUUAAGAGACAGCUUCAAGUCAUUGAGCAAGAAGCUGCCAUCCUUAGAACAAAAUCUCAGGAACUUGAGUCUAAAAACGAAAAACUGGCUGCUGAGAACAAGAAGUUGUCUAUCCGAGCAGCUCAAGGAGGAACUCCCCCAAAGGAGAGUGCAGACUUGAGCGCUAAAGUGAGCGAGUUGAAAGAAAAGUUGGCCACUGUGGAGAAAGAGCUGAGCGAGGCUAACAGUAAACUCAAAGCAAUAAAACCAGACGUUACUCGAAGUGCUGCAGCCCUUGAGGUCGAGAAGCUGAAAAAUCAACUAGUAAAAGUGGAAAUGGAGAAUGAGAGGCUUAAAGAGGGUGGAGCUCGUCUUAGAACGAGGUCGCCAAAGAAGCCAACAGAUAUGACAACGAAACUCCAAAUGAAGAAGAUGGUUGAUGAACUAGAAUUAGAGGUUUCCGAACUUUGUGUUGGACUCAGCAUAGCGCAGAAGAGAAGUGCAGAUGCUGCUAAUAAGAACGUUGCGGCUUCCACUAAGGAAAUGGACGAUAUAAAAAACGAGUGUGAAAGCUUAAAAGAAAAACUUGUCAAAGUGACGGACAGCUACGAUACAGAAAAAAGUAAAUCUGAGGAAAAUAUGAAAAGGAUGGUGGAAGACGUCACAAAAACUAAGGAUGAAGUACUCAAGCUGCAAGCAGAGAAUAGAAUUUUGAAGGAAAGUCUUGAGAAAUUAAAGACAACGCAAGAAUCAGCAAAGAAAACACAGGCAGAAAAAACCAAAGCACUUAGCGAGCUGGAAGAGACUAAAGCUUUAGCAUCAGCUUUCCAAAGAGAAAGUGAAGAGAAAAUUAAAGAGGAAGCCAAGAAAAAUGAAGCAGAGAGGGUCAAACUUCAGAAAGAUAUAGCAGAAAAGACCAAAAAGCUGGUAGAUGCUGAAAAAAAGGCAAAGGAUACGGAGGAAAAAUUGAAAAAGACGGAGAAAAUCCUUGGUGGCAAGAAGGACAAACUUGCCAGAGCAGAAAAAGACCUUGAAGCUGAAAAAGAGAAACUGAAACAAAUUGAAAUCACUCAGAAAGAAGUAGCAGUUGGUUGGCUGAGAGAACGGGAUGAACUCAAGGCUAAUGUUACUGAAAUGAGUCGAAAACUUGACCAACUGCAGGAGCAGUUGUCUGGUCGCGUUCGCGAGGUUGAGACGCUGGAAAAUAGCCUGGCAAGUGAACAGGGUAGAGUGGCUGAAUUGCUUAACUCGAAUGAAUCUAAUCAGCGCGCGACAAGUGCUGCUGUGGAAAAGCAACUUGAAUCAGCCCGGGAAGAGUUGGCAGUUGCCAAGGCUAGAGCUUCUGAAAUAUCUGCUCAACUGGACAUAGUAGAGAAUGCAAAAAAAGAGGCAGAUGUUAAGGCAAAGAGAGAGAUUUCCGAUCUCCAAAAAAAACUUAGUGACAUGGAGAGCGGACGAACAUUUGAUGUCAAGAAGUUGGAGCUCCAGGUAAAAGAAAAGGAGCAAGAGGUCAGGUCAUUGAACAUUCAACUCAAGUCUGCGCAGUUGGACAGUGGAGCAUCCGGCAAAAAGGUACUUGACCUGCAAGAGGAAUGUAGCAGAAAAACUAAAGAAUUGGAAAAAGAGUUGGCGGAAAAGAAGCAUGCAUAUGAGGAUUUGACCAUACAGUACGAGCAACUUGAAACUGAACACGUAGUCACAAAGGCGCAACUCACCAUGGACAGGGAAAAAGCUGAGGGCACUGUCGAUAUGGCGCACAAUGAACUCGCCACCCUCAAGAGAGAACUGCAAGCCUUGAGAGAGACUUACAACAGAAAACAAGAUGAUUGGAUCAAGGAAAAGCUUAAAAUGCAGUCCGUGAUUAGGGAACUAGAAGAAAACCUGCAGAGAACUGGCGGUGAUUCCAUGGAGAUCAAACGUCUCAAGGCUAUUCUGGAUGAGAAGGCAACAGAAAAUGAAAUAACUAAGCAUGAGCUUGAUGUAAUGAACGAUCAGCAUUCAAUCUUAAAAAAAGAGGCUGAUGACUUGAGGAGUAAAUUGGAGGACUAUGACCGUGUAGGUAAAAUCCAGAGGAACAUGAACGCUGACUCAGCCGCUCAAGACAAGGAAUUGAAACAGCUCAAGGCCAAGAUUUCCCAGGAAGAAAAAUCACACAAGGCUGAAGUUGCGCAGCUCAAACUCCGCUACGACAGUCGCGUGGCUUUGAUCAGUGAAGAAAUGCAAACAUUGCAGAACCAAGUUUCCAAAUUCAAAAAGGAGAGAGACUCUCAGAGGCACAUGCUUGAGGCAGCUCAGAAAACCAUUGGCGAACUGAGAGCGUCAGGUGGUGGAGGUAAAACUACAUCAAUCCCAUAUCAUUUGGAGCCAGGAGAGGAGUCUGAAGAAACACAAACAAAAAUUGCCUCUCUGGAACAGUCUCUCGCGUGUUUGGAGGAUGAGUUAUCAGACUCAAAAUUGGAGGCAUCAAAACUAAAAACGGAGCUCCUUUCUGAGCGAUCUGCUUGGGAAGUAAAAAUCAGUGAAAUGCAAUCCAGACUCAAUGAGUUUGAAGAAGACAGACUGAUUAGCACGGGGCGAACAAAGAUUCCGGGAAUGCGAACCAGAAUUGAACUUGCUUGGCAGAAGGAAAGAGAAGAGCAGCACCGGCUCUUGCAGGAGACCUCCACCCUAGCGAGAGAUUUGCGCCAGACACUAUUUGAGGUUGAAAGGGAACGCGACAAGGAAAGGUUGGAGUCCAAGAGAAAGGUAGAUCAAAUCAAGAAAUCAAUGGAGGAGGAGCUGGAAGAAAACAGAAGGAAAAUCACAGAGAUGCAAUAUGACCUUCUUGAAUUGCGAGAUGCGCAUGCCAAAAUCAGAACCACAAAUGAGAAGAUGAGGCGUGAGAGGGAAAGACAUGAGAAGGAAAGAGAUGAGAUUAGACAAUUGGCAAAUGUUAGGAAGCGACAGGAUGCCGAAGAAGAGCGCAAAGUCAAUGCUCUGUUAGAACAAAUUGAGGAACUGAUGAGAUUGACACCCGACUUGUUCCGAAGUAGUAAAGAUGCUACUGGCUCAACUCUAGCCUUGCCUUCUGCCCCUAAGAGAGUAAAAGGCGCUCGAUCUCGUGAAUCGUCUCCAGGAACGGGUGCAAGAGAACUUUCAGUUGGAGUUGAGGACAGACGUCAGGUGCUGCAGACCACUUUGAGCAGGCUAACAGAAGCCACCGCAGAAUUGAGGAAACAUAAAAAAUCAGGCGAAGAUGACAAAGAUAGGGAAAGGGCAAGAAGAUUUUUUGGCCUUAGAAGGGCUGCUUCAUCAGAGACUGAGCCUGCCCCUGAGGAUUCUAAGAAGAGCAAGCUGAAUGGCUCAGGCAAGAAGGGUGGUCUCUUUAGGAAGUCCCUUUCUCUUGAGCAAACUGGUGGAACAGGCCAAGACCAAAAUAUUUGGAAAGGCGAAGGAGGCAGCACAAGCAGUCUUGAAGUUGGGUCUGAAUUGUCUCUAGAAACAAGGUUUCUGAGCCUUUCGAGGAGGGAAACAAGUUUAGACAGGCUAUCUACAGAUUCUACACAGAGUGAGAUUUUGUCGAAUAAAAAGAAGAAUAAAGGAUUCCUUGGCAAGCUGAAGAAGCUAGCCAGUUCAAGGAGCAUUGAUGAUGGAGGCGAGUCAUUAGGAGGUUCUGGAUCUGACAUUUCUGUUGAUGCUUCUGUAACUGACAAGAAAGACAAAAAGGGCAAGUUGCUAGGCCUUUUCAAGAGAGCGCCUUCUAGAAGUUCCAGCGUGGACAAAGAGGCGGCUUCGUUGGGUGGCAGCACAGAUUCUCUGCAGAGACCUUUGAGGGCGUCAAGUGCCUCCCGGCCAUUGGCACCAUCGACGAUUCCAGCCUCCACUCCUGCACCAGCUGCAAAUCGCUAUGUCCGUUAGCUAUAUAGAGGCCCCUUUUCAGAAGCAUUAUCAUUCAUUUGAUAAUUUAAAUGGUGUGGACGCUCAAUCUUAAAUUAAUUUUUUUAUUUUUCAAAAUUUUCUCUCUGCUGCAUGCUUUCAAAUUACAUUGCAAAUUAUCCAUUUGUUGGAAACGCGCGCAUAUAUGGAUCGAAUUACAUUAGCGUUAUAAGAAUUUCAAAAUGGCCCUCGACUUCUAUGUAACCUUAACCGAUAAAAAUGGAAAUUGAUAAGUAAAAACAUUGUCCCUGUUGGAAGUGAAGUUUCUGAUUGAAAA